AUGGAAAACUUGCUACACAGACUUUUGGGAGGCGAUAAUGCAAAACGUGAAGCCGCUGAGAGGGUCAUAAAUGAGUUAGAGAAGCAGCCCGAGGAGUACAUGAUUUCCUUAAUAUCUGUGUUGCGGACGUCGACCUUGUCAUCUGUGCGAAACCUUGCUUGCAUUCUGAUUCGCCAAAACCUUAAUGUUUCGGAAGAAGGUCUCUGGCUGAAGUUAGACCACAAUUUCCAGUGUUCCUUUCGGAACGAGCUUCUGCAGCUUCUGGAAACGGAGAAAGAGCUAAAUGUUCGCGAAAAGAUCUGUCAGUGCAUCGGCGAACUGGGUCUAAAUCUCCUCGAAAAUAACACGUGGCCCGAGUUGUUACCCAUCCUAUUAUCGCUCUCUCAGUCGCUGGAUCCCGCGACGCAGCUGAGCGGCCUGACGAUUCUGCAUUACAUCGUUCCUUAUUUCGCCUCCAUGGACCGCGAUGACAUCCCGAGUCUCGUCGCGCUGUUCCACCAGACGUUACAGCAGCACGAGCAGCCGCUGAUCCAGGUGGAGACGUGCCGCGCGGUCUGCAGCCUCCUCUCGAAGCUGGAAACGAAUGACACGAUCCAGUUCGUAACGCUGAUUCCGCUGAUUCUGCGCGCCUUGAGCGACAUGCUGAACCGCGAGCACACGGAGUUCGCGUGCGAGAUCAUCCGCGCGAUGAGCGACCUGGUGGAGGUGCACGCGACGUUCUUCAAGCAAAACCUGGAAUCGCUCAUCCAAGCCAUGGUCUCUAUCGCGCGCUCCAAGGCGCUGGACGACGACACGCGGCAAGCCUCGCUGGAGUUUCUCACGCUGCUCAUCGAGAACUCCCCGAACAUGAUCCGCUCGCUGCCCACGUCGGUUCUGCUCACGCCGCUGCUGCAGAUCCUCUUCUCCAUCCUCGUCGAGAUCGACCCCGACCCCGCGCACACCUGGGAACAGGACGAGACCGAGCCCGACGAGGCGGAGCCCUCCAUGUUCAACUACACGCUCGGCGUGCUCGCCCGCGUCAGCCAGGCCAUCCGCGGCCGCGUGUUCCUCCCGCCGCUCUACGCGCUCAUCGACCGCUCCAUGCACAACGCCGACUGGCGCUACCGCCACGCCGUCAUGUACACGCUCUGCCAGGUCGGCGAGAUCGUCACCGACGAGACGCAGCGGCGGCAGAUCGCCCACUACGUCAUCACCUCCUUCCAGGACGCCCAUCCGCGCGUCCGCUACGCCUCCGUCCGCUGCCUCGGCCAGCUCGCCACCGACUUCCAGCCCUUCCUCCAGCACGAGCUCUCCGUCUCCGCCCUCACCGCCAUCUUCUCCCUCCUCCACGCCGACCAGCCCGUCCGCGUGCGUUUCAUCACCGCCGCCGCGCUCAUCAACUUCGUCGACGGCGCCGACCCCGCCGUGCUCCAGCCCGUGCUCGGCGACAUGCUCCACGCGCUCCUCGACGCGCUUCCCUCCUCUCCGAUCCUCGUCCAGAAGCAGAUCCUCGCGGCCAUCGCGUCGAUCGCGGACUGCGUGGGCGCGGCGCUGGCGCCGUUCUACCCCGCGGUUAUGCCGGUGAUCAAGCCGCUGUACACGCAGCCGUCGGAGGCGGCGGAGCGGCUGGGCGACAGCACGGAGCGGUCGUCGUACCGGUCGACGGCGCUGGAGUGCAUCACGUGCGUGGGCGCGGCGGCGGAGGUGCCGCAGUACCGGCAGGACGCGCGGGACGUGCUGGAAGUGAUGUACCGCGAGGGAAUGGGAGAGGUGGAGGAGUCCUCGGAGAUGAAGAACGCGAUGAUGAGCGCGUGGGGACGGAUGUGCUCGGCGCUGAAGGAGGAUUUCCUGCCGUACGUGGACAUGAUCGUCCCGAUCCUGCUGAAAACCGCGAAGCAGGAGGUGGAAACCCCCGAGGAACUCGACGACUUCCUCGACGAAUUCGACGAAGACACGGACAACAUCCGGACGAACGCGAUGGAGGAGAAGGCGAUCGCGUGCCGCACGCUGGCGCUGCUUCUGAACACGCUGCACUGCGGCCUGGCGAGCUAUCUCCCCGCGAUCACGCAGACCCUCCCGCCUCUUCUCAACUCCACGUUCGACGACAUCAAAAUGGCGGCCUUGGUGUCGAUCCCCGACCUCUUAACCGCGAUUUCCGAGACCAUCCAGGACCCCGCGUCGGUGGAAUCCUACCGCCAGACCUUUUUAUCUCUCAUCGACCUGCUCCUCUCCUUCAUCGCCGACGAGUCCGAGCUGGACAUGCUGCUCCCCGCGCUGCAGACGCUCUUCUACUGCAUGCCGCGCGCCGUGCUGCAGCGGAACGGACCCAUCCCCAUCAUGCAGGGCGCCGAGGUCGCGCGGAUCAUCGAGGUGCUGCACGCCGCGCUCAAGGCCUCCUUCGAGCGCCGCGCCAUCCUCAGCGCCGACGUGGAGCGCGAAGACUGGGACGAGGAGGAGGUCGAGGAGUUCAAGGAGAUCGAGGAGGGCGAGAACCAAUCGCACUACUGGAUCGCCAGCAUUCUCGGAGAGCUCCUCAACGGCCACUCCGACUUCGCGCUGCCCCUCAUCCACGAGAUUCUUCUCCCCGACCUCUUCGACUGUUGCGACCCCUCCAGAACCGCGGGGGACCGCAUCGUCGCCCUCGUCGUCAUGGAGAAAAUCGUCGAGUACUGCGGGAAGGACGCGCUCAGCUACUACCCGCAGUUCCUCCCCAUAUUCCGCCGUGAGCUCCGCGUCCCCGACGCCUCCAUCCGCGAGGUGGCCGCGCAGGCCCUCAGUUUGGCGGCAGAAUUUGGCGGGGAGCUGCUCUGGGACACCGCCGAGUCCUGCGUGCGCGAGCUGCAGAGCGCUCUGGAGGACCCUGCCGCGGCGGAAGCGUGCUACGCGGAGGCCAACCAAUGGGGAAUCGUGGCAAUGGGGAAACUGGGGUUCUACUGCGCUCCCGCCAUUUCGACCCUCCCCGCCGUGUACCGGUUCUGGCUGGACCGGCUGCCUAUCGAGGACGCCGAUCUGCUGGAGAUCUGCUUGUCGGUGAUGUGCGCGCUGCUGGAGAAGGGAGAUGUCGCAUUUCUCGGGGACACCCAGCAGAACGUGCCGCGCGUUUUGCAGGUCCUGUGUGAGAGUCUGGGAAGGCUGGGGAACGCCGCGGCGGAGCAGCAGGUGCUGAGGAUGAUUAAGACCAUCGAGAUGCAGGCUUCGCCGGAGCUGAUGAACGCGUUGUGGAACGUGCUGGGGAGCAAGGCGGAGACGAUCCGUCAGAAAUUGCAGUCCGUUUAG